CACGGCGACCGGAGAGAUCCCAUCAUCCCGCAUUCCGUGCGCUAGUGUGGAGCGGUUCUGUUGAGUUUUUUCCCGGUCGGCGCCCCCCAGUCGUCAGUGCUGCGGCGGCGGAAAAACUUGCGGGAUUCGAUUUGAUUCGCACGAACCACACUGUGUUUUCUGCGUGGAAAGUGUAGUGUGCCCGUGCGUUGUGACACUGCUGUGGUCUGUGGUGCAUCAAAGAUCAGCGUCCAGCGCGUCCAGAGCGUUCACGCCUGUGUGCGAUUUAGUGACACGAUCGUGUGAUCAACGACGGCAAAAGAAGCAAAGGAAAAGAGAGAGAGAGAGCUUGAAAGUGUGGAAGCAAAAAAAAGAGCUCUGCGUGUGUGCGUGUGUUUGUGUGGGAGAGAAAUGUUCGGCACCGAUCCUCACGGGAUCGUGAUUUUUUGCGCCCUCGUGCAGUGGUGUCGAUGGUUUGGCGAAUGAUAUUUCUGUAAAGUGGUGUGGCUUUUUUUUGUUGUUGUUACUACCCACGAAAGAGUGAUACGCAAGCAAGCAAAGAAGAAAGCGGAGAAUUUAACGCCACGACGUGUGUUAGUGCUGUUAUUGUUGCUACCCCUGGGGGAGGGGGCUUCCCUUCCCCGACAUUUCGGUUCGGCAUUCGGCGUGCGAUCGCCUCUCGUCCGUGCAGAUCGAGAUCGCGCGAGUUCAAUUCUCUGCCCUGUCGCAGAUUGUGCGUGUGUGUGAUUCUGUGCGUUUUUGUGUGUUUUUUUUUUUCAUUCCGUUCGGUUUAUGGUUCGUGCUUCGCCGUCGUCUACAAAUGCGUGUGUCACCACACCCGAGAAUGAAACGUGUCGUUCUACGUUUGUAUUGAAAAUUUUGCAUUCACAUGCUUUUCCAUUGCUUUUUUGUUUUCCCCAAUUUCCAACAAUCACUACAUUACACAUCAAUGCUGGGUGGUCAAAGUUGUUGAGCAAAAAGGCAGUAAAGAUUUGCGAUACGAAAGCGAGGAACAGGUGUAACACGCGGGGGAGAGCGAGAGGGAGAGAGAGUGGAACGGUGGCUGAUGCACUUUUGUCAAUUGCAUUUCAAUGCAAUUCCCCUUUUUGAAACUCCUAUCAGUGCAUGUGCGUGUUGUGUGUCUGUGUGUGUGAGUGUGUGUAGGUUGUGUGGUUGUGUGCGUGUGUGUGUGUUUUUAAAUCUUUUUUUUUACACCUUUAAAUGAUGGUGUUGUUUGUUCCAAUGCAUCAAUUCUUUUGUUUUACUUGUCGCCGGCUGGUCGAAUGCGCGUUUUCGUUUGUGUUCGUGUGUGUGCGUGUGUAUGUAUUUGUUCCCGGUAAUGCCAAUGGAUAUGAUACGCGGCAAACCGAUGAUGACCGACGCAAAAUAAUGCCCCGUUUGCCCAAUUUUUCCAGCAUAUGUGUGAAGCAUUUGUUGACGGAUGGUUUUUUCCCCCCUAUCUCACUUUAUUUCCAUGCUUCAUCCCCAUCUUCACACAAGUGUAGGUGUGAGUGUGUGUGUGUGUGUUUGUUUGCGCGCGAGUGAGCAUGGUAGUGAACGUGUGUGUGUGUGUGUGUGCAAGCCCACUGAUUGAUGAUCGAUUACAGCCGAAUCACGCUGCAACGUGUGACAAAUACGUCAACGUCAAAAAAAUUCGCCGCCUAAUCGGGUGAGCGCGAAAAGGCGGUGUAAAUCGUACAGGAACGUGAAGCAAAAGAGAGAGAGAGCGAAGAGAGAUGUAAUGCAAACAAAUUUUUCACUUUUUUGUUGUGCGCGCGUGUGUGUGUUUAGUAUUUUGAAAGGCGAGGGAUAAUAGUGCACGCGGAAAAUCCAUGCACGGAAACGCUCGCCACCCAUUCGGGGCGGCGUGAUUUGACACUUGAGCCUCCCACGACCCGGCAUUACCCGUCUGUAUGUGUGCGUGCAUGUGUGUGUUUGUUUGUGGAUCCCUUUCUUGUUACAUGAAAAAUGGAUAGGUUCAAUGACACGGCCCGUCAUGCGGUGUGAGCGAACACGAGUGAGAGAGAGAGAACGGUAGUGUGAGAUGGGUGCGUGUUUUUUUUGUUUCUCCCUGUGUGCCGUAUGUGUGUGUGUGUGUGUGGUAUGAAUCAGCCUUUGAAAUCUUCCUUCCAAGGGUGGCAGCACGAAUGAAAGAGAACGAACAGCCCCCCGCGCGAUUGACCAGCAGGCGGGCUGUGAGUGUGAGCGAAAGAGAGAAGAGGCAGCAGAAAUCGUGAGCGAGAGAAUUGAAGGAAAGAAGCACACAUACACACACAUACGCAGAGCACAGUCACAUGGACCAGCAAGCUCCAACAAUGCACACAUCCACGCAGACAGACGAUGCGUUCCCAUAGUGAAACCGUCAAACGUCAAGCAAUCGAGAGCAAUAGAAAUAGGCAAAACGCGAGAGAAAGAGAGACGGAGAGAGAGAGAGAGCGCGAGAAACUAGCAUCCCUUAUCCGCUCCCCCCGUUUUUUUUCCCAAACCCGCUCUAACCCAUCGGUUGCUAGAUCAACUGAGCUAAACGCUAACCAAAUAUUCAUCCCCCGAGCGGCGCAGGUUCGGACAGCUUCUAACACGCUCGGGAUGUCAGUCGGGGAAGCAGACGGGGCUGACCAAACGUGGCCACACUCGCUUGAACAAUUAUCACCAGCAACUCCCCUCCUUUUGAGGCACGCUUUAAACUUGUCUGUGGUGGUAGGCUUUACCUCAGGCCGACCCAGCGUUUGAUAAGUGCAGUGAGCAGAGGCUACACUCAUACAGUGAAAAGCUGGGUGGGGGGGGGAGCACCCCAAUGGGAGCGUUUGUCACUGGGCGUUGAUAAUGGAACAUUCAGCUAGGAAGCGUAUCACCUAGCGGGGCUGUGUCGGUGUCUGUGAUUUGCCGGCCUGUACCUGUUCGCUUAUCGUCGCUGAUAUCGGAAUCGCUGGUUCGAUUAGGGCAGAGAUAGUGGGGUGAAGAGGGGGGGGGGGGUUAAUACCCGCACACUACAACACAUCGAAACACAGCUGGUCUGGCCCGUGGGCACGCAUAAACACUGGACCCAGUACCAGAGGGAACCUGCUCACAUGGUGUUUUUUUUAAAGAUUUAAAUCCCCUUUUUAAUAAGCGUGCCUAACGCAUCGUAACGCACCGUAACGCAUCUUGAUUUUGACAGUCAAUCACACAGUUUUGACCGAUGGGUUUGUUUUGGUUUCGGUAUUUUCCGUUUGAUGAGAGUCUUUUUGGGAAAAUUCACUUGCCUCAAGCUCCCCAAGCCCCAACCCUCCCGAGUGGGAGUCCUUCUGUAGUCGUUGCCGAAUUUUUACAGGAUUUUUUGUCUCCGCACUCCACCGCAGGAUAUGGUUUUACAUGUACACACACACACACACACACACGAUCGCGCGUGCUCUCGCCACAGUGUCAAUGAACUCGCGCUCAGCAUGUCGCGCCGGUGGGUUGUUCGCGCAAACACGCGGUACGCCUUCGCUCGCCUUACCCAAAAAUUUGCUCCCAACUUUUUACACUAACCACCACCACCGCCGUUCCUCCUGUCUCGCAUCGAGUCACGCACUGUCUCCGUUUCUCUGUUUUCUCUUCCUCUCUCUCUCUCUCUCGCUCUCGCCUUCUCUUUACUGUUGUUCCUUCGUUGUUGGGUUUGGGUGAUCCUCGGCGGCCUGGAUCCUAGCAGCCUGCCAGCUCUGAUGUUCAUCGGUCCUGCUAAGAGUGCUAAGUGAAACGCAUCGCGCUACAUUCUGAACAUCCACGCGGGGGCAUUCGUGUGCAGUGACGGCCCUCAGAGAGAGAAAGAGGGAGAAAGAAACAGGGUAAAAGUGCACCGAAACGAACCCCGGCCAAAGUAAAAGCCGGAAGGGCGCGCUCCGUGUGCGACCAGUGCCUAGCGAACGUGAAAACAUCUGUGUCAACACCCGGCGGCUUCAAAUUGAGAUGCAAAUGAGCUUUACCGGGGCUUUAACCGGCUCGCGAUUGCGGAACUGAUUUACCGAAUUGCAUAAUUUCCACAGAAAACGUACAACCCUUCUCAGUGAGUGUGUGAUGUGAAUAAAUAUUAUAAAUCAAUUAUAAAUCAACAAAAUAAAACAGUAGAAAAGAACAUCGUGUCAGUGUCCGGUGGAUGUAUAUAAUUAUAAAAAGUGAUUCAUAAGACCCUGUGCAUCAUAAGAGCACCAAUACCAAGAGUUGCUCGCAGCAGUCAACAGUUUCGUGCGUCGCAGCUCCUUCUUCCAUUCAGAAUUCGUCGACCGGGAAGUAACAAACCCGCUGCAAGGAUGACUGUCGAAUGUAUUGAGGAUUUGUAUCCCACCUAAGCCCACCCCCUGUCCAGCUGGUGCGUACUACCAGCACAGGGUAAACCCACUAACUGUGCGCAAAGUGUGGAGCGACUGUGACCGUGUGAAGACGAAUACGAUUACAAAGUGAAGAGAAAAAUAAAAUAAAACCAAAUUAGUGCGAAACGAUUAGCUGUGGGCAAAAAAGGGCCUACAACCCUUGACCGAACCGUUCGGUUUGUGGCACGUGCGGUUGUACCGCUCCGAAAUUGUAGUGCGUAAAGCAACGCCAACAGAAAACCUAACCUACCUCACCAGUGUUGCACACAUCAUCAACCUCCCGCCCACUCCCGAACAAACGCUAUUUGCUGGCAAAUGGAUGACGGAGAAUUUUUGGACCUGUUCAGUCAAUCCUGGAAUGGCAAAUACCACGCGGCGGCCAACCGUGCAGGCGACGAACCGGCCGGCAUCGGAGCGGCGGCGGGUGGCGGGACAGGUGCCGCCGCCGGCUACACCAACUCGGCGGCGGUGGCAGCGGCCGCCACCGCUGCCGCUACAGCCGCCGCCAUGGCCGUCGCGCCCAAGCUCACCACGCGGCUUAUGCAGCCCCAGCCCGGCUCGACGGCGGGCGGAUCGCAGGGGCUGUACGCGAGCACCAAACACUUCCUUGCGCACCUGCCCCCGAACCACAAGCAGCAGCCGAGCGCUGCGAGCGCCACGAGCGCGGCGGCAUCGACGGCCAGUGCUAGCCGUCACGCGGCACCGUCACCCUUCAGUGUACCCCCGGCCGGUGCCCAAACGACUGAUUUACGUGAUACAAACCUAGGGCCUUUAAGAAAUACCACUAGCAGUAGUACCAGCAGCAACACAACCAACACCAGCACCAGUGCGGCAAACAACAGCAGCAGCGGUGGCAGCAGUAGCAAUACCAGCAACAGUCACGCCAACGGUGCGCAGCAUCUGUUGGGCGGCGGCAGUAGCUUUGCGCGUGAGACGCGCGAAUUUCCCAAGCUGAGCCAUCGGUUGCUGCAGCCGCUAAACCACACGCUCGACCAGGGCCCGGCCCAGGGCGGGUCCGGUGGUUCCGGCCACGCGGCGAUGGUACGCCAGGAGGAACAGGACUACAACGCAUUCUGCUCAACGCUGUCGGCGGUCGCGUCGAUGGCGGCCGCCUCGCUGGCGAUGGAGGAUGAGGACCUGGCGGACAGUACGACGCCACCGCCGCAACCGUUCACCUCGGGGGGUUUGCUAGCGGCCGGGCUGGCAGGCAACGGUACCGGCGGUGGUGGUGGCAGCGCCGGUGACGCGAACGGUGGCAGUGUGGAAGGUGAUCUCGGCCCGAACGGGGAACUGUUGGGUUUGAACGGUCAUCAGCAUGAGAAAAAGACUCCCAAUUCAAUUAGAGCUCAAAUCGAGAUCAUACCGUGCAAGGUGUGCGGCGACAAGUCGUCCGGGGUGCAUUACGGUGUGAUCACCUGCGAGGGCUGCAAGGGCUUCUUCCGAAGGUCGCAGAGCUCCGUCGUCAACUAUCAGUGCCCGCGUAACAAGCAGUGCGUGGUGGAUCGGGUCAACCGAAAUCGAUGCCAGUACUGUCGACUGCAAAAGUGCCUAAAGCUGGGAAUGAGUCGUGACGCUGUCAAAUUCGGACGCAUGUCCAAGAAGCAACGGGAGAAGGUCGAGGACGAGGUACGGUUUCACCGGGCUCAGAUGCGCGCACAAAAUGACGCCGCCCCGGACAGCUCCGUGUUCGACACGCAGACACCUUCCAGCAGCGAUCAGUUGCAUCACGGUUACAAUGGAAACUCUUCCCACAGCUACACAUAUUCGAACGAGGUCGGCUACAGCAGCCCGUACGGCUACUCGACCUCGGUGACGCCGCAGCAAACGAUGGGCUACGACAUCUCGGCCGACUACGUGGAUAGUACAACAACUUAUGAACCAAGAAGUACGAUGAUAGACUCAGAUUUCAUAAGUGGACACAACAAGGAUGGCUCGCCGGAACAGAACCGAGCGAUCACGCUCAACGAUAUCCGGUUGGCGCGCGUACAGCAAACGACCGCCACCACGACGACCGGUGUCGGGCAGGGCGGUAGUGAUGUGAUCGCCGACGGUGUCAAUGAUGGUGGUGGUGGUGGUCCCCGAGGUUUGACACCCCAGCAGCAGCAGCAGCAGCAGCAGCAGCAAGCGCAUCAACCGGCACAAACGGCCACGCAUACGCUCCCACCACAGCAACAGCCGCAGCCGGCUGCGGCACUGGCAAACCAUCAAACCACCGGCAACGGCAACACCACUACCAGCAAUAGUACAAUUAUCACCAUCAAGCAGGAGCAGCUUACCAACGUUGAUAGCCUUGUUGGUAGCUUUGUCGAUUCAACAACCUUCUUGCCAUCGCCACCGGCUAGCCAACAGCAGCAGCAGCAGCAGCAGCAACAUCCACACCAUCAGCACCAACAGCUGGGCAGUGCGGCACAGAUGGUGACGUCCAAUGGGGUCGGCGGUCUGGCCGGUGUACCGACGGCGACGGCCGUGGUGGCAGUGGCCGCAACCACCGUCCCAACGCCCGUCACUGGAUCAGAUGUCACUGGUAGUAGCAUUAGACGGAACGACUGCUGCCAGACUGCGGUCGCACCGGGUGGUACCGGGUCGGAUGGUAUUGCGCACUCUGCACAGGCUCACCAUCACCAUCACCAGAACACGCCGGUCUCGUUCGGCGAGGAUGAUAGCUCCUGCGAUUCGCACACACGAUGGGCCGAAGGUGAUAUCAAUGACGUGCUGAUAAAGACCCUUGCAGAAGCGCACGCAAACACCAACCACAAGCUAGAGAUAGUGCACGAAAUGUUCAGAAAACCACAGGAUGUUUCCCGCUUACUCUACUACAAGAACAUGACCCAGGAGGAGCUAUGGUUGGACUGUGCGGAGAAGCUAACGGCCAUGAUCCAGCAGAUCAUUGAGUUCGCCAAGCUGAUACCGGGCUUCAUGCGGUUAAGUCAAGACGAUCAGAUUUUGCUCCUCAAAACGGGCUCGUUCGAGCUGGCAAUCGUGCGCAUGUCUCGACUGAUGGAUCUCUCAACCAACUCCGUGCUGUACGGUGACAUUAUGCUGCCGCAGGAAGCCUUCUACACGUCCGACUCGUUCGAGAUGAAGCUGGUCGCGUGCAUAUUCGAGACGGCGAAAAGUAUUACGGAGCUGAAACUGACCGAAACGGAGCUGGCGCUCUAUCAAAGUCUGGUGCUACUGUGGCCUGAACGAAAUGGCGUACGAGGAAACACGGAAAUCCAGCGGCUGUUUAAUAUGAGCAUGUCCGCGAUCCGGCAGGAGAUUGAAGCGAACCAUGCACCGCUCAAAGGCGACGUGACGGUGCUCGAUACGUUGCUCAACAAAAUCCCCACCUUCCGUGAGCUCUCGAUCAUGCACAUGGAGGCGUUACAGAAGUUCAAACAGGAUCACCCGCAGUACGUUUUCCCGGCACUCUACAAGGAACUGUUCUCGAUCGAUUCGCAGCAGGACCUGAUGACAUAACAGGAUGAUCAUGGCUACCAUCAGCCGG